ACAGCUCAAAAUGGCAUUGCAAAUUUUAUUUCAACUGUUGCCAAUGUUACUCGUGUUCACAACAUUACAUGUACAUGUAACUGCAACAUAUCCUAGGUCGAUUAGAUCUCAUCAAAUGGGGAGAUCUUCCGACAAAAUCACAUCAGAAAUAGUCGCAUAUAACUACACGCAAACGCUAGAUCAUUUCAAUUAUAAACCAGAGAGUUAUGCCACCUUCAACCAGAACUACUUCAUCAACUUCGAGUACUGGGGCGGGGCAAAUACUAGCUCCCCCAUCUUCGUCUAUACAGGUGAGGAGGCUCCAGUGACCUCAGACGUCCUUUUGGCUGGAUUCAUUAAUGAUCUUGCGUCGCAUUUUAAAGGUCUGGUGAUGUAUAUGGAGCAUAGAUAUUACGGUGGCUCAAUGCCAUUUGGAUCCACAGAUGAAGCGUACCGAAAUUCCAGUACUCUUGGAUUCUUCAGCUCAACUCAAGCUUUGGCAGAUUAUGCGCAGUUGAUCAUCGAUGUUAAAAAGAAUCUGUCAGCAGAAAAUUGUCCUGUUAUUGCUGUUGGGGGAUCUUAUGGAGGAAUGCUUGCAUCUUGGUUACGCCUGAAAUAUCCACAUGUUGUUAUCGGAGCUUUGGCGUCAUCAGCACCAAUACUUUACUUUGACGACAUAACACCUCAAGAUGCAUACGCUGUUGUUAUCUCCAAGGAUUUCAGAGAAACUAGCGAGAAUUGUUACAACACUAUAAAACAAUCCUGGUCUGAAAUUGAUAGAGUUGCAGCCCAAGCAAAUGGUAUUCAGAACCUAAGCAAUAUUUUCAAUACUUGCAGGCCCUUAAAUUCAUCAGAAGAACUCAAGGACUAUUUACGAGCAGUGUAUACGUUCUCGGCUCAGUAUGAUAAUCCACCAGAUAAUCUAGUGAGUAAGGUGUGCAGUGGCAUCGAUGGAGCACCGCAAGAAACUUAUAUUCUCUCCAAAAUUUCUGCUGGUGUCAAUGCUAGUCGUUUUGGCGGAGGACAAUGCACUGAUAUAUUUGACCUUAAACCAGAUAAUAAGAGUGGGUGGGAUUGGCAGAGGUGCACUGAGAUGGUAAUGCCGAUUGGAAACGGAAAGAAUGAUACGAUGUUUCAGGCAUCGCCUUUUGACAUGGAUGACUACACUAAAACCUGUCAAGACCUUUUUGGUGUAACCCCAAGACUUCAUUGGAUUACUACAGAAUUUGGUGGCCAUGAUAUAAAAUCGGUACUUGGAAAUUUUGCAAGCAACAUCAUAUUUUCCAAUGGACUGCGAGACCCAUAUAGUGCUGCAGGGGUCUUGGAGGACAUAUCUGCUACUGUUGUAGCUGUAUACACAAAUGAAGGAGCACACUUCUUGGAUUUACUUACUGCUACUUCAAGUGAUCCUGACUGGUUAAUUGCGCAGAGAGAGAAAGAGAUCAAAAUCAUUGAACUUUGGAUUGCUGAAUACAAUGCUAAACUUAUCAGAAAGACUAGCAACUAG